AUGGCGACAGAACGCUCGCUCGCUACUCUGCUGCGGUCGCUCCAAACGGCUUCCGGGCCGGAGGAUGCUCAUGCCCUACUGCCGACCGCAACCAGCUUCCUCGCUAUCCUCACCAAUCCAUUGAAUGUGACGCUUCUUUCUUCGCAAUUACUAGCGUCGCCAGCUAUUUGGGACCAUCAGAUUGACUUGCACACGUGUCGACGAAUAUUGAGCGUUUUCAAUACCGCCGCCAUCGGCAUCAUACAGAACGAGGCUUCCGAUGAGCCCCGAGCGCCAUACGCGCGACGAGGGUUGGACCGAGAAGCCUGGGUAAAAGCUGUUGUGGAUGGGGCCGAUGAUAAAUCGCCAAGAUGGCGACAUUUAAUUCUUCUGGGUGGCGUCUUGCUCGGAUUCGAGGGACAAAACAGACAAGGAUUGCGACAUAACCUUCGAUAUAAAUUGGAAUCAGGACUCGUGCAGGCUGCACAGCUGGCACUUCAACAAGGCGAUGGACUGGAUGGAGUUGCUGGUUAUUGCAUAACCAUGAUAUUGAACUAUACAUUCGAACUUUUAUCCGACCAUCAUCGUAGUCAAAUCGAUUACAACCGCCUGCUGCCGUUGAUGCUUCAUUCAACUUUCUUUGCCAAUGAGGGACUCGACCGAGCAUACUUCGUGGGAACAAGUGAUCGCGAUAUUCUUGAAGGGAAUGACAAAAAAUUUGGGUGGCCUUCUACCUCAAUGACGUAUCAGCAUGUCAAGAGCGUAUCUUCCCGGCCGUUGGUCGCAUCUUUAGGGCCGUUGUCGCGGCUUAUCGCCCAUGCGAUGGAGAAUGUUACUGACCCAAAUAUCGUGUCUGAUGGAAUCAGUUUGAUCAAUGAUUUCGCUCGUACAUUACUAGUUCAGUGGCGCCAGAACAAACUGUCGGAGGUGGAUCCAUCGGAGGAGACCGAGUUUCUAGAUGCCGAGUCGUUGAAAACUACUAUCCCAGAACUUUGGCGGCUGCUUCGGUCGUUGAUGUUCUCCAUAGUCAUAAUCCUACGGGCCGUGCUUGGCAGGAUGCUGAAUGAUCGCGUGCUUGCUGCUGGCAGUGUGGCACCUUUUAUCGCUAUGCAAUCAUUACAUAUACUUCGUAACCUCUACUUCAUCACAUCGCGCAUUGGGCAAAACUCGUCGUCUCAAUAUUCAUUUGUGAAUCUCGUUGCUAUCGAUAUCCUGACGCAGUACCCGGAUCUGGCUGAGAACUUUCUAAGGACAAUCAAGCCCAUUGAACUGGGCCAUAUUCCGCAGCAUCCGUUAGAAAGAUGUCUCGAUUUAUUCUUUUUAAACACGGCCGAGCAUUUCACGCUAAUAAUAUCACCCCAAACAAGUGACGAGCUGAUUGUAUCUGCUGCAACUCCUUAUUUGGCGGCUGGUGGGAACAAUCAUCUCUUAGAGAUUUUUGAGGCAGCUCACAGUGUAGCCCUCGCCGUUUUCUCUGCGCCGCAGAACGCAGAUAUUGCUGCGAAGCAUCUACCCUUUUAUAUAGAUAACCUAUUUACGGUAUAUCCACAAAAUCUCUCCGUUCGUCAAUUUCGACUCGCAUUUAGAUCUGUCGUCCGCAUUGCAGCACCUCCAUCCCCGUUAGCCAGCAACCAGCCUCUCCUCGCACCUACACUCUUGGAACUUGCCCAUAAACGCGCCCUCGACGCAUCGUCGACCUUGCUACCUCCAUCCCUCCAAUCCUCCGAAGAAAACGCCCUAGAAAACCCCCCUCUACACUCUGAAAGAUCCGGCGUCAUUCUAGCCAUAAUCGACUCCCUGCCAUCUCUCAGAGUAGAAGAUCUCGAAGAGUUCCUGCCGUUGACUGCGCGGCUAGUUAAUACGAUCAAUGAACCGGAUGUCAAGGCAACCUGUGUUGAACGGUUCUGGGACGUCUUGAGUGGUGGUGAAAUGGAUGUUGAGCGGGCUAAUUUCUGUGUUACCUGGUGGUGCACUCGCGGCGGAAGAGAGCUUCUCCUUUUCGGCGAUCAGCCUGUACCUGAAGAGCCGGUCAUGAGUGGCGCGGUGGUUGACGUGGCGCGUGAAAGCAAAUUAUGA